GCGAACGUAAAGACCAGCUCUCUGCGCCAGCCUGACCGUGUACAGCCAAGUCAUGAUCAAGGACGUGCCUCACUGAGUGAAGCCACGGGACAUGCCGAAGAUCAAAGUGCUCUGCAUGGGCUCAUGCAAGGGCAGGCUGGCGGACUACUUUGACAAGGUCAGAUCGUUGCACGCUAAGCAUCACUUUGAGCUCCUCAUCAUCUCUGGCGACCUCUUCUCCCCCUCCGACCCACUCACUGAAGAGCCGGAGCAGGCGGAUGGGCUCAGAGCACUCCUGGACGGCGAGAUCGACGUUCCCCUGUCUACGUACUUUUCUAUCGGAAAGACGCCUUUGCCGGCCUCGGUCCAGCAGAGGGUUGACGCUAACCAAGGCGAAGUUUGCCCGAACCUGUUCUACUUGGGUCAGUCAUAGGUUUGGAUGCUUCUGCCCGUUGGCAGGCGACUCGGCCGUUGACACUCCGCAAGUGAUGUCAUCACCACGCAAGAGACAGGCGCCUUCAGAAAGCGUCAAGGUCCGCCUGGCUUCUUGAUGUGCCGUGUUCGGGCUGGGCCCUGCUCAGCCGUUCGCGGAUUCAAGCAAGCGGCGCCUUCUGUCACAGAUGUGCGGCUGUCCCUCGAGACGGCCUACUUGAUCAAAUCUGAUCCAAUGGCUCCACACAUUUCUUGGGUCUCAUGCUGACCAGUGUUCUGUACAUGAGCAGGCCAAAUGGGCGUGACUACUCUGGCAAGCGGUCUACGGAUCGCCAACUUCGGCGGGA